CAUUUGAAAUGCCGACCGUCCACUGCGCCCUGCCGAUAACCGACUCUCGUCACUGAAGAACCUUGAUCCAGCUGUUAUCUGCUUACUGAAGAAGUGUUCGCGCCACAAAGUCUCGUAGCGGCAAUCCGCCAAGAGCCAUUUACAACGUCCUUGCCUGACGAGGAAGGACACGCCGUGAGAGAGACAUAACCGGUUGCGCGGUGCAUGUUUACCACGUUUCUGACGCGGCAUUUCCGUCCGACUACUGUUUUGGUCAGAAGUAUGUCGAAGGCAACGCGAGAAGUUAUCACGUCGGAGCAUGCUCCCAAAGCAUUUGGACCGUAUAGCCAAGCCAUUCGUGUUGGGGAUACCAUGUAUGUGUCUGGCCAGAUCGGUGCGGACCCAAACACUAGCAAGCUGGUUCCGGGUGGAAUUGCAGCCGAAACGAGGCAGGCCCUGACAAACUUGACCAAAGUGCUGGAGGCUGGCCGUAUGUCUCUGAAGUGUGUUGCAAAGUGCACGGUGUACCUUGGGGACAUGAAUGACUUCCCGGAAAUGAACAAGGUCUACUCUGAAUUUUUCACAGAAAAACAGCCAGCACGUGCUGCAUUUCAAGUGGCCAAGCUUCCUCUGGAAGCCUGCGUUGAGAUAGAGGCCAUUGCAGUUGACGCAGAGCCGUCGAUACCUGGAAGAUCUGUUGCCAAACUCACCAGACAGAGGGAUGCAAAACAAGGAGUCCACAGGUCGGCGAACUCUCUCACGAGUCGACUCACUCAAGACUCGGACCGAGCUGUGGGUCUGAGUCGGGGGCGGCAUGUCUCCUUCCUCGGGAAUGACCUCCAGCUUCUUCGCCAGCUCGGCGGCAAUCCCAGGCCCGGCGUGAAGGGUGGCGUGCACGAAGACGACGGCCGUGGUGGCUUCGAGGGACCACGUGACCGCGGUCCACAUGUCCGCGUAGUAGAAGAGUGGCAGCGCGACCGCCGCAGCCACCACCAGCCUUUGGGUCUUGCCGCCGAACAUGGCGGUUUCUGUGCCCCAGAAGGUCGCGUUGUCCCCUUCCUCGUGCAGUUUGAGAGCGGCGCAGACCAGGGCCACUGCAGCGACGGCCAGCACCGUCAUCCACUCGUCGGUGACCGUGAACGCCAGGAUGAUGAGCAGCACGACAAUGUAAUUGCCGCGAAACGCGUCCAAGUUCGACGGCAGACGGCUGGCAAACUCCCCGAACGACCUCGGAAACGACACUUUCCAGGGGUUCAGGAAGACCUCCCAAGGCUGGGCGCGCUCGAUCUGCUCCCAGCACCAGGAGGUCGUGGAGCGGACCAGGUCCGACUCUUCCCGAGCGGCGGCCGGGAAGAAGCGCCUCCGUUGAGGCAUUGGCCUCCCCGGUGUGGUGGCUCGAAACUGUUAUCGUCUUCCUCUCGCACUUCCAAGAUUAGUUUCCUCGGAAGACGUGACUUCUGCACGGAUCACUUCUUGGACUGCCCGUUGGCCCUCGAAGCACGGAGACUCGCGGCCAUGCCCGAAGCGAAAACGGUCAUCAACACACCUACCGCCCCGGCGGCCAUAGGCCCGUACAGCCAUGCUGUUCGUGUGGGCAACACCGUGUACGUGUCCGGUCAGGUGGGCUCGCACCCAGGGACCAAUAAGUUCGAGUCCGGCGUCGCCGCACAGACGAGACAGACCCUGAUCAACAUCGGAAACAUACUCAAGGCAAGCGGGAUGAGCCUCGAUAACGUCGUGAAGUGUACGGUCUACUUGGCGUCUAUGGACGAUUUCAAGGACAUGAACAAAGUGUACGCUGAAUUUUUCCAGAAGGACUACCCGGCAAGAGCUGCUUUCCAGGUGGCAAAAUUACCAGAGAAUUCCCUGGUUGAAAUCGACGCCAUCGCGGUAGACUUCGCCGCCUGAAAGGAAACCGAUGCUACAUAGCUUCACAAGUCUCGGAGCUCUACCUUCCCUAAUAAAGGGUCCGAAAAAUGUCUUCAUCUUUUUUGUGGGAUGACGAAUGGAAUGGAAAAAAAAUAAACGCUUAUUUUCGAAGUGGUA